AUGGGAAACACCUUGCUGACCACCCACAAGAUCGCAUGUGGUCACACAGACCGCACGCAUCUCCAGCGGAACUUGCUCUGUGACAGACUGUCCCAGCCGACAGCGGAGAUGGUGGACGCACUGCUCUUCUUGCAAGAUCAUACCGACGAGCUGGCGCAAUUCGGAAAGACGCUGCUUCGGUCAGAGCCGGGAAUAAGGUCUGCUGCGUGGGCGGAGCUGAUUGCAAGCUGCGUCUGUACACUCUUUGAGUAUUCCUCGCGUCGGGAGGGCGACGAGGGGCAAGGAGUCCUAGCUGCCUUUGCAGGUGUACUGGAACAGCCUCAGCGUUUCCUGCAGGACCUGAUGUCGUUGCAAGCGCAGGCCAUUCCGAAGGAGAAAAUUACGCAGGUGCAGUACCUCUUACAGGAGGUUGACUUUCGGGCAUCCCACGACUCGGAAGAGGUGCUAGACAAGGUGGCCGUGUUUGUCAAGGCCGCCAUGGACUGCGCCAAGAUCUACUGCGAGAUCCGAGACUUCGCAUGUGUUGGUCAAAUCGAUCGACACCAGGCGGCAAAACUGCUGGAUGGCCCAGAAAGUGACCAAAGGAGGAUGAUCAAUGCCAUGCACACUGGGAGAGCCGAUGCUCCAGACGGACCUGGGCUGCACAAGGAACCCUGA